AGGGGGCAGGUGUCCUCUCUCCGGGCAGCAGCGCUCGGCUGCGUGGGCCGAAUCCGGCUGAGGGUGGCGAGCGGUGCCGGUGGCCCCGGGGAGGCCCGGUGGGCGGCUGCGUGUGCCGCUGCGUGUCGAGGCUGCAGGCCUGAGGGGGAGCAGCUGGGCCUGCCCUCCCUCCCUCCCCUGCCGGGGCCGAAGCAGAGGCUGAAGUAGCAACGCCCCGCAAAGCCCCACAGCUUCACCUCCAAACCGCAUCAGAGUGCAGCGUGUUCUGUGGGAGUGGGGUAUAGUAGUAGUGCUGGCUUUUGCUGUGAUGAAGUGCCUGCCUGACAUACCAGUUGGGGGAGAUACUGUGUAAUGAGACACCUAGGAGUGAGGCAUAAUGUUUUUAACAAUGGUAUUACUCCGAAAGAGAAUUCCUGGAAAACAAUGGAUUGGAAAAUACAGGCGACCAAGAGUGGUUACCAUUGGAAUGAAGCAAGCAAUGAUCCGAAGGUUGGAAAUUGAAGCAGAGAAUGAAUACUGGCUGAGUCGACCUUACCUGACACGGGAACAGGAGUACAAACAUAACACAGAAGAGAGAUGGGCAAGAUGGGAAGCUUUCAAGAAACUGAGGAGAGCAAAGUUCCCUGAGCACAGAUACAUCAGCGACGAGUUAAACCAUUUAAAUGUGACCAAAAAGUGGACAUCCUGAAUAAUACAGUGUACUUGUAUUUGGCAUGUAUUGUGCACUACCAUGGGAUCUGCUGUUGUACCUCUCAUGGUAGCUUUGUCAUUCAGUUUAGUAAAGGGUAGGUGACACACAAGACUUUGCUCGGUGUGCUAAGUCGUAUAUUAAACGUAUUCCUACAGAA